AUGGGAAAUACAACCACUAAAUUCCGCAAAGCUCUUAUAAAUGGAGAUGAAAACUUGGCCUGCCAAAUCUAUGAGAGCAACCCUCAACUAAAGGAAACUCUUGACCCAAAUACUUCUUACGGAGAAACGUACCAGCACAACACUCCGCUGCAUUAUGCUGCUAGGCAUGGAAUGAACCGUAUACUGGGAACUUUCCUUUUUGUUAGAGACGGUAACCCAAAUAAACGGAAUGUGCACAAUGAGACAUCUAUGCACUUACUGUGUAUGGGACCUCAGAUCAUGAUCUCAGAAGGAGCUCUUCAUCCUCGCCUGACACGACCCUCAGAAGAUGACUGCAGAAGAGCAGACUGUCUGCAAAUGAUCCUGAAGUGGAAGGGAGCAAAGCUAGAUGAAGGACAAUAUGAACGAGCAGCCAUUGAUGCUGUCGAUAACAAAAAAAAUACACCUUUGCACUAUGCUGCUGCUUCAGGGAUGAAAACCUGUGUCGAGCUUCUAGUAAAACAUGGUGGAGAUUUGUUUGCAGAAAAUGAAAAUAAAGAUACUCCAUGUGACUGUGCAGAGAAACAACACCACAAGGAGCUGGCUCUUAACCUGGAAUCUCGAAUGGUAUUUUCACGUGAUCCUGAAGCUGAAAGCAUUGAAGCUGAAUAUGCUGCUUUAGACAAGAAAGAGCCAUAUGAGGGGCUGAGACUUCAGGACCUGCGAAGGCUUAAGGAUAUGCUGAUCGUGGAAUCUGCUGACAUGCUCCAAGCCCCGCUCUUUACUGCAGAAGCUCUACUUCGGGCACAUGACUGGGACAGGGAGAAGUUACUUGAAGCAUGGAUGUCUAAUCCGGAGAACUGCUGCCAGCGUUCAGGGGUUCAGAUGCCAACUCCCCCCCCAAGUGGAUACAACGCAUGGGAUACGCUCCCUUCUCCACGAACUCCACGCACUACUCGCUCUUCUGUGACUUCCCCCGAUGAAAUCAGCCCCUCACCGGGAGACAUUGAGACAGCUGUGUGUGACAUUUGUAUGUGUAAUAUUUCUAUAUUUGAAGACCCAGUGGACAUGCCUUGUGGACAUGACUUCUGCAGAGCAUGCUGGGAGGCAUUUUUGAAUAUGAAAAUUCAAGAGGGUGAAGCUCACAACAUUUUUUGCCCAGCAUAUGAUUGUUUCCAGCUUGUGCCUGUAGACAUCAUAGAAAGUGUGGUUUCCAAGGAGAUGGACAAAAGAUACCUUCAAUUUGACAUUAAGGCCUUUGUUGAAAAUAAUCCUGCUAUUAAAUGGUGUCCUAUACCAGGCUGUGAAAGAGCUGUAAGGCUAACAAGACAAGGAUCAAAUUCAACAGGAUCAGAUACACUUAGCUUCCCUAUGCUGAAAGCCCCUGCUGUAGAUUGUGGAAAAGGACAUCUUUUCUGCUGGGAAUGUCUUGGUGAAGCACAUGAACCUUGUGACUGCCAAACCUGGAAGGACUGGCUGCAGAAAAUAUCUGAAAUGAAGCCAGAAGAACUUGUGGGAGUGAGUGAGGCAUAUGAAGAUGCUGCCAACUGCCUGUGGUUACUAACGAACUCCAAACCAUGCGCCAACUGCAAAUCUCCAAUUCAGAAGAAUGAGGGCUGCAACCACAUGCAGUGUGCAAAGUGCAAGUAUGACUUUUGCUGGAUAUGCUUAGAAGAAUGGAAGAAGCACAGCUCUUCCACUGGAGGCUACUACAGAUGCACUCGCUAUGAAGUUAUUCAACAUGUAGAGGAACAGUCCAAGGAGAUGACAGUAGAGGCUGAAAAGAAACAUAGAAGAUUUCAAGAGCUUGAUAGGUUUAUGCACUAUUACACAAGAUUUAAGAAUCAUGAACUUAGCUACCAGUUAGAACAGCGCCUUCUAAAGACAGCCAAAGAAAAGAUGGAGCAGUUGAGUAGAGCCCUCAGUGGAACUGAGGGAGACUGUCCUGAUACCACAUUCAUUGAAGAUGCAGUGCAAGAGCUUCUAAAAACUCGCCGCAUUCUUAAGUGUUCUUAUCCAUAUGGAUUCUUUUUGGAGCCUAAAAGCACAAAGAAAGAAAUAUUUGAACUUAUGCAGACAGACCUAGAAAUGGUCACUGAGGACCUUGCACAGAAAGUGAACAGGCCUUACCUUCGGACUCCUCGCCAUAAAAUCAUCCGUGCAGCUUGUCUUGUGCAGCAGAAACGGCAAGAGUUCCUGGCCUCUGUGGCCCGCGGUGUUGCUCCUGCAGACUCGCCAGAAGCACCCAGGCGCAGCUUUGCCGGUGGAACAUGGGAUUGGGAAUAUUUAGGAUUUGCAUCCCCUGAGGAAUAUGCUGAAUUUCAGUAUCGGAGGAGGCAUAGACAGCGUCGACGUGGAGACAUGCACAGUCUGCUGAGUAAUACUCCGGACCCUGAUGACCCCAGUGAGAGUACAUUAGACACUCAGGAAGGUGGCAGUAGUAGAAGACACGGCACCUCCAUGGUGAGUUCAGCUUCUAUGGGUAUUCUGCACAGCUCUUCGCUUCAUGACUAUACCCCUGUCAGUCACUCUGAAAACCAGGACUCUCUUCAGGCUCUGAGUUCUUUGGAUGAAGAUGACCCAAACAUCCUGCUAGCUAUUCAGUUAUCGUUACAAGAAUCUGGCUUGGCCACAGAUGAAGAAACUAGAGACUUUCUAAAUAAUGAGGCAUCUUUAGGAGCAAUAGGUACCUCUUUGCCUACAAGACUGGACUCUGCUCCCAUAAGUAUAGAUAACCCCAGAGGCGCUCUGAGCAGCUCCGAGCUGUUAGAACUUGGUGACAGUCUGAUGAGACUGGGUGCAGGCAAUGAUCCUUUUGCAGUCGAUCGUCUUCAUUCACACCCCUGCAGCGACACCAGAAGUGGAUUAUACUCAACAUCUAGUGACGCUGAUUCCAGCAGUCAAGAUCCCAAUACCAGUGAAAAUCUGCUUGGAAAUAUUAUGGCCUGGUUUCAUGACAUGAACCCACAGAGUAUUGCUCUGAUCCCCUCAACAAGCACAGAAACAGAUGAGGAGUCACAGCAACCCAGUACUGAAGAUGGCUUAGCAGGACAACCAAAUCUUAUAGACACAGGGCUGGAGCCUCAGGAAGAGCAUGCACUAUUUGAGGAUGCACUCAAAAAUGAAGGCCGAGGAACCCAAACAGAGGAAAGCACUUCUGAAGAAAACAUUAUUCCAGGUGAAACGGUAUCGCAAAGAGGUGAUAACAACAGGGAGGCAACAAGCACCCUGGGUCCUUCAGGAGAUGCUUCAAGUCAGACUCCUCAAACCUCAAGUGAAUGGAUUGAACAUGUGCAUCUGGUAUGAAUAGAAACUAAACCUGGAGUAAAUGCAUGAUGGUGACAGAUGGUACAGUAUGUGGAGUAAGCAUUAUGGAGGCUUUGAUCCACAUAAUUACAGCUCAGUUGUAACCACUGACGUAACAACGGAUAUUUAGGAGUUCUCUUGAAUUGUAGUUCUUUAUAAUAAUGUGAACCUUUCAAGGAAUAUCCUUUGCAUUUAAUUAGGUAGUACUUGCCUUUUUGCUCUCAAGAAAAAGGAAUAAGUAGGUUGUAUUCCACAUUCCUAAUACAAUGCAGCAUCUGUUUAGCCUUAGGUUGAUGAUCCUUAACUUGAAAAUACAGAUUAAAGGCUUACACUGAUUAUUUUGGUUGGUUUUCCUAAGAAAGCGUUUAUUCCAUUUUUUAGAGCUCAUUCUUUCACCAGAAUAGCAUCUAGCAAUUCAUUUGCUUUUUUUUUCCCCCAUAACUUUUCCUUACUCAUUUUUCAUUUUUGUUAGCAGUGUGAACGGAGGUAUUUAAUGCUUCUCUUCAGUACUGCUCCAGGAACAAGUUUUAGGGGAUAUUCUUUCCCAUUAAAAUCAAAGAUUUUUCAUGUCUAUUUACAGUCCAAACGUGCCAAACUGUGAAUAGUUAGCUGGCAGUAGCCUCACGAAACAGUGCAGUGUUACUCUAUCGAACUAAUCCCACAAUUCUUAGCAGUGAAAGAAACCACUGGGUAGCAUUGCUUCUCUAAAUUUAACUGGCAUGUGUUGCCAUGGUGACUGCAUUUAAUUAAAUGUAGCCUGUAUCUUAAGUUAAUAAAAACCUAAUGCUGCUGUUAAACAGUUAUUUUAAAUAUUAAAAUACAGUGAGUUAGCAACAGCUAUGCUGUAUUUUAAGAGACACUUUAAUGGAAGUGCAAUCAUAGUUCUUUGUUUUCAUAAUUCUGCGAAGCAUUCUAUGCACUAAUAGUGCAAUUACUUUUAAUGAUAACAUUUUAUAAAAAUAUAGGAAUACAGAAUUUUCAUAUAUUAGCCAGUCCCACAGUCAAAGUUCAGAUAACACAUUCUGCUCGACAUGUUACGGUGCCUUUGCCUAACCCGACUGGAUAGUUGCCACAGUUAAACAAGUAAUUCCAAUUCAGUGUCUGUUCUGGAGUAACUAUGCUAUUAAUUGCAAAGACCUCCAUAAAACCACCCAUGGCCUUGCCUUUACAGUAAAUAACUAAAUGUUCGGUCAGUGUUUUUGCAUAAACAAAACACUGGUAGGUAUUUGUUCAAUUGCACAAUAUUCAUUUGCUGUGUGAUUACUGUUUAGUGUAA